ACUUAUAUUGUUCUGCUUGUUGUUGUUUUUUUUCCCUUAGAAAAAAAAAAAGGAACACGCUCAUCCUGACUCGGUGAAUAUAGUAAAAAGAAGAAGAAUAUGCAAGACGAUAGUAGAACAGACUUGACAAGUCUUCCUCAUGAAAAUAACAAAGGACCUUCUGAAGAUGCUAUUCUACACCUGUUACAAAGUCGUUACAAGAAUGGUUUACCUUAUACCCGACUCGGUCACUCUACUCUUAUUGCCGUGAAUCCUUAUCAAACACUUGACAUAUUGAAUGAUCCAACUUUACAAUCCUAUGCUGAUGUUUGUUAUCGAAAUCUAUCUGAUUCCAAGCCUGUUAUGCAACCUCACGUAUAUGAUUUGGCAGCUAAAGUAUAUUUCCAUAUGCGAAGAACAGGACAAGAUCAAUCCAUCAUAUUAAGUGGGAUCACUGGUUCUGGCAAAAGUACUACUCGUGCUCAUCUUUUGGAACAAAUCCUAUUAUUAUCAACACACACCAAGAAGGAACGUAAAUUACAACAACAAAUUCGACAAUCAUCUAUUAUUUUAGAAGCAUUUGGACAUGCUCGUACUUCCCAAAACAAAUCGGCAUCUCAAUUUGGUCAAUUCCAGGAAAUUCAACUUAAUGAACGUGGACACUUGGUGGGUGCACAAGCUUUGACAUUUGCAUUCGACAAAUACAGACUCCUUGCAACUCGUAGAGGAAGACUAGGUGAACGUACUUAUCAUGUAUUCUAUUCUCUUUUGGCUGGUACAACUCCGGAAGAAAAGACUGCGUUAUACAUCAAUUUUGAUUUGGAUCACUUUUAUUAUUUGAAUAAUCAACAAUUGACAACAGAAGAUGAAUUACAUUUUGGUGAUUUGAAAACUGCUUUAAGGACAUGUGGAUUCAAGGCUUCUGUUGUUACUGCCAUGUUUCAAUUAUUAUCUGCAAUUUUACAUAUGGGAAACUUACAAUUCACCGAACCUGAAGAUUCAAUGGUACAAGAUGCCUGUGCUGUCAAAAAUGUCGACGUCUUACAAGCUGUGGCUGCUUUACUCGGUGUUUCUCCUCACAAAUUAGAAACAUCUUUGACGUACAAACUACGAUUGAUACGAAGUGAAUUAUGUACUGUGUUUUUGAAUCCUCGAGCUGCUGAAGAACAACGUGAUGCUUUUGCCUGUGCUCUGUAUCAUUCGCUCUUUGUAUGGAUUGUGGAAAAUCUCAAUACAAAGCUUUGUCAUGGUGAUCCUGCAAACUUUAUUGGUCUAAUGGACUUGCCUGGUUUCCAAAACUUCUCAAAAACUGAUGACAAUGGAUUCGAACAAUUCUGUUUCAACUUUGCCAAUGAACGACUUCAUCAAUUUUUGAUUCAACAACAAUUCAAUGACGAUAGUGAAGCAAUCCAAGAUGGACUUUUAUUACCCAAGGUACUGACAAUGGAUAACGUUGGAUGUUUGGAUUUAUUAGGCGGUAACAACGGAAAUAAUGGUGGUACGAGUGGACUUGUAGGUGCAGUCAACAAGGCAAGUGCGAAAUAUCAAGCUGGUGCUACAGAUGCUACCGAUGCAAAUUUACUGGCUGAUAUGCAACGACAAUUCAAUGGUCAUCCUUCCUUCAUCUCUGCUCAAUCAUUCUCGUUUGGUAUUCAUCAUUAUGGAGGUACGGUACACUACUCAGUAGAUCGUUUCUUGGAUAGAAAUAUGGAUUCCAUGUCACCCGAUUUCGUUAGUUUAUUGCGUGAUCACAGUACAAACAACUUUGUCUCGUCUCUUUUCCAAAGCAUGGCUAUGGCAACUGAAUCUCACCCCAAAGAUGAUCGUACUAUCGUCAAGGCACAACUUACUUCGAAACCAACUAGAGCACCUUCCAUGCGACGCAAAACAACAAAACGAUUACAGCGCAAAAAUACCACCAAGCAAACACCAACCAUUCUAGAAGAAUCAGAAUCCAUGGCAGCAACAGCAGUGGAUACAUCCCAGGAUAUCAUUCCAGAAGAAGAAAUCAGAGUAUCAACAGUUUUGGAUCAAUUAUACACCACACUCAGUGAUUUGUUUGUUACUAUGGCCGGCACUCAAAUUUACAAUGUGAUUCACAUUCGACCUAACGAUUCACAAUCACCAGAUACAUUGGAAAGUACACGUGUCAAACAUCAACUACGAUCCUUUUUAAUCUCUGAUUUGACAUUACGACGAAGCAAAGAAUAUGUGAUCAAUUAUACCUUUGCCGAAUUUGUUACUCGGUAUGAAACUAUGGUGAUCAACAUGGUGGAUACAACAAACAAGACGGAACGCGAACAAACCGAAUCACUAUUUGCUUUCAUGAAUUGGAAUGAACAUCAUGCUUAUCUUGGACGUGAUUUGAUAUGGUUGGCAUACGAACCUUGGAAGGAAUUGGAAGAUGGAUUACGAAUUGCUGAAAAGGAUGCACGUGCAAAAGCAAAAGGUACUCCCACUGGUGAAUUAGCGGCUGCUGGUGCUGGUGCUGCUGCUAUAGGUGUUGGUGGUGCUUAUGCAAUGGAUAGAAAGGAUGAUGAUGGUAUGCAAGAAUUUCGAACGAUGCCAUUAUCCGGUGAAGAUCCUACUUCUUAUGGUGGUGUUCCCCCUCCUGGUUUUGGUGAUUCGACAUCUGGAUAUCAUGGAAAAGAUGAUGGUUUGUUGGGUGCUCCUCAUAUGACUGGAACAGCAAGCAUGUAUGGUGGAAGUUAUGCAGCUAGUGAAGAUGGUAAUCGACGUGAUGAUGUUGCAAGUCAAUGGGGUGAAGAAUCAGAAUGGGGUAUCAAUGGCCUUGGUGAAGCAUUUGGACCCAAUAUGGAUAUGAGCAAAAUGGUGGAAGAUUAUCAAUCACCUCAAAUAGAAAACAUUGAAGAAGUUCCAAUUACAGCAUUACGUAUCUGGUGGGUACGAUUUGUUUGGUUUAUGACUUGGUGGGUUCCUUCACCUCUUCUUAGUUGGAUCGGCAAAAUGAAACGUGAAGAUGUGCGUAUGGCUUGGCGUGAAAAGUUCACUCUCUGCUUGUUGAUCUUUUUAUUCUCUUGUGUGGUAUUAUUCUUCAUUGUUGGUCUUGGUUAUAUCAUGUGUCCUGGUACAAGCACGAUGUACUCUUCUGGUAAUGUCAAUAUUCACAAUACACAAACCGAUAACUAUGUUAGUGUCCGUGGUCAAGUCUAUGAUAUUACAAACUUCGCCCUUACGAAUCAUGGUACUCAAUCUUAUCCUGCUACUGCUGAUACAAUGGCUGAAAUUGCUGGUCUUGAUGUUUCCAAUACGUUCCCUAUACCUUUGACUCAAGCCUGUGCUGGUUUGGUUACCUCUGAUACAAUUUCAAUCACUCCUAACAAUACUAUCAAUCUUGGUCCAUUUGUACACAAAUCUGGUGGUCAACUAGCAGAUCCUUCAUUGAAGGCCAUGGCUGAUCCUCGAUGGUACUGGAAUACUUUUUUGCCUGGUAUGAAGAUGUAUAAGAAAGGUACUCUCGUGAUUCCUAUCUCUCAACUCGAAAGUGACUUCAAAGGAUGGGGUCGUAAUGCUUUGGCUGUGAAUGGAAAAGUAUAUGACAUCACUGAUUAUCUAUCUACAGCAAAUUACUAUGGAUCAGCCAACCCUGCUUAUCAUUUCUUGAACAGUGCGGUGGAACAGAUCUUUUCGCGAUUUAGUGGUACGGAUGCAACAAAUGAAUGGAAUAAAUAUUUUGGUCAACUCUCAGCUGAUGUACAACAACAAAAUAUGAAUUGUUUGAACAAUGCAUUCUAUCUUGGUGAUGUGGAUAUCCGUGAUACUCCCAAGUGUACCUUCAGUAACUAUUUACUCUUAUCUUUUGCUUGUCUUAUGUGUCUAACUAUUUUGGUCAAAUUCCUUGCUGCUCUCCAAUUUGGUGGUGCUCCUACUCCAGAAGAACAUGACAAGUUUGUUAUUUGUCAAGUACCUUGUUAUACUGAAGAUGAAGAAUCUAUUCGAAAAACCAUCGACUCACUGACGGUACUCAACUAUGAUGAUCGACGAAAGCUGAUCUUAGUUAUUGCUGAUGGUAUGAUUAUGGGUAGCGGAAAUGAUCGUCCUACUCCUCGUAUUGUUUUGGAUGUGCUCGGUUAUGAUACUACUCAGGAUCCUGAACCUUUGAUGUUCAAAUCUAUUGGUGAUGGUAGCAAACAACUCAAUUAUGGUAAAAUCUAUUCUGGUCUCUAUGAAUGUGAAGGUCAUGUUGUACCCUAUCUUGUGGUGGCGAAGGUUGGCAAGGCUUCAGAACGUGCAAAACCUGGAAAUCGUGGUAAACGUGAUUCCCAAAUGAUUCUCAUGAACUUUUUGAACAAGGUUCACUUUGAUAGCCCUAUGACGCCUAUGGAAUUGGAGAUGUAUCAUCAAAUCAAGAAUGUAAUCGGUGUUCAUCCCUCCUUUUAUGAAUAUAUCCUCAUGAUUGAUUCUGAUACGGAAGUGGAAGCCAACGCUCUUAAUCAUAUGAUCUCAACUAUGCUUCAUGAUGGAAAAAUUAUUGGUCUCUGUGGUGAAACAAAACUUUCCAAUGAAGAUCGAUCCUGGACAACUAUGAUUCAAGUGUAUGAAUAUUAUAUUUCUCAUCAUUUAUCCAAAGCGUUUGAAUCUCUCUUUGGUUCUGUUACCUGUUUACCUGGCUGUUUCUGUAUGUACCGUAUUCGAACCCCAGUCAAGAAUGAACCUUUGAUCAUCUCACCCAAAGUCAUCAAUGAAUACAAGGACAAUCACGUUGAUACUCUCCACAAGAAGAAUUUACUCCAUCUUGGUGAAGAUCGGUACCUAACUACUCUGAUGAUGAAACAUUUCCCCAACUACAAGAUGAAAUUCACACCAUAUGCCACAUGUCAAACUGUCGCUCCGGAUAAAUGGGCCGUUCUCUUAUCACAACGUCGUCGAUGGAUCAAUUCUACUAUUCAUAAUUUGUUGGAAGUGGUAUUGUUACCUGAUCUCUGUGGAUUCUGUUGUUUCUCUAUGCGAUUUGUGGUAUUAUUGGAUUUGAUUGGUACAUUGACUCUUCCUGUGUCUGCUGUGUAUUUGGUUUAUUUGAUCUACGUGAUUGCGUCUAAUACUGGUCCAUUCCCAACGAUUGCCCUCUGUAUGUUGGCUGGUAUGUACGCUCUCCAAGCGAUCUUGUUUAUUUUGAAACGACAAUGGCAACAUAUUGGGUGGAUGGUGUUCUAUAUCCUAGCUCUUCCUGUUUUCUCAUUCUUCCUUCCGGUCUACUCCUUCUGGCACUUUGAUGAUUUCUCAUGGGGUAAUACUCGUGUAGUAGUGGGUGAUAACAAACAAAAGAAGAUCAUUGUGACAGAUGACGAAAAGUUUGAUGAAAAGAUGAUUCCUCUCAAGAAAUGGAGUGUGUACGAACAAGAACUUUGGGAACUCGGAUCAAGUGGCUCUAGGGACAAUAAGAGUUACUAUUCUGCAAGUAAAGGAAAUCCUGGUGGUACUGGUGGUAGUGUUUAUGGUGGUGGCAGCGUUUAUGGUGGUGCAAGUCAAUACGGUACAAAUGAUUAUGGAUACGAUUAUUACCGCGAUACCAAGAUCAAUGAAAAACCAAGUCGAACGCAAACACCUUCUUAUAUGCCUUCUUAUGCUGGAUCAGUCAUUGCUCCUCCUCCCAUACCUGGAUCUGAAUUUGGUGGACCUCAAGAUUAUAUGAUGAUGCAACCUACCUCAUUUGCUCAUGGCCCUGGAUCAGUUCACAGUUUUGGUGGCAAUGAUAUGGAUUAUGAUCAACAAAGUAUGUCUGGUAGAAAUAGUCCUCAUUUCAAUGGCGGUAAUCAUCCUAUGGCAAUGAGUCAAUACUCUAUGCCCAUGUCUACUGCUUCUUUUAUUCCUCCUGGAUUCCCUAGUGAUGCUGAAAUUUAUGAAGUCAUCAAGCAAAUUUUAUCUACGGCUGAUCUGAUGGCUAUCACAAAGAAACAAGUUCGUACUCAAUUGGGCGCUCAUUUUGGAUUUGACAUGAUGAUCAAGAAGGAAUUCAUCAACUCUAGCAUAGAAAGCAUUUUACAAGAACGUACAGAAAAAUAGACACUUGAAAUUUCUCAUUCCAUUUUUUUUUUUUUUUUUAUCUAUCUGUUUACCAUUACCUCAUAUUCAACUAUAUAUUUUCCAAUCACAACUUAUCCUUUUUUAUUUAUUUAUUUAUUUAUCAUUUCUUUUGUUUUUAUUAUUGAUCAACAUUGUUUAUUCUUUUUUUUUUUUU